GGAGCGCUGGGCAGCCGGGGCGACUCGGCGGCGUCGGCGCCAUCAUGUCGAUGGAGGACCCGUUCUUCGUGGUGAAGGGGGAAGUGCAGAAAGCUGUGAACACUGCCCAGGGGCUCUUCCAGAGGUGGACAGAGCUCUUGCAGGAUCCCUCCAUUGCCACAAGAGAAGAAAUCGACUGGACCACAAAUGAGCUCAGGAACAAUCUGCGGAGCAUUGAGUGGGACCUGGAAGACUUGGAUGAAACAAUUAGCAUCGUUGAGGCAAACCCUCGGAAGUUCAACCUGGAUGCCACGGAGCUGGGUAUCAGAAAAUCCUUCAUCACCAGCACGCGGCAGGUGGUCAGGGAAAUGAAGGAUCAGAUGUCAAACUCCUCCAUGCAAGCACUGGCUGAAAGAAAAAACAGGCAGGCACUCCUGGGUGAAAGCAGCAGUCAGAAUUGGAGCUCUGGACCUGACAAAUACAGCCGUCUGGACCGGGAGCUGCAAUUAGCAAAUUCACACUUCAUUGAGGAGCAGCAAGCUCAACAACAGUUGAUUGUGGAGCAGCAAGAUGAGCAGUUGGAGCUGGUCUCUGGCAGCAUUGGGGUGCUGAAGAACAUGUCCCAGCGCAUCGGCGGGGAGCUGGAGGAGCAGGCAGUGAUGCUGGAUGACUUCUCCCACGAGUUGGACAGCACUCAUUCACGGCUCGACAACGUCAUGAAGAAGCUCGCCAAAGUGUCUCACAUGACAAGUGAUCGGCGGCAGUGGUGCGCAAUCAUCGUCCUCUUUGUCAUCUUGCUGGUGGUGCUGGUCCUGUUGAUUGUCCUGUGAUGGACUGAACUUCCUUGGACGCCUCCUCUCCCCUGUAGCACGGGGAAAUGAAACUCUUUCCGUCCGACCGCAGAGAUCCCUGUCAAGAAGACCCGUGCCCGGCUCUCACCAUUCUCUGAGGACCAAGGCCUGGCUCCACCAACAUCUCCCCCAGCUCUGGGGAGGGCAGACAGAGGACAGGAAGCAGUUGUGGCUCCCGGAUCCCGUCGGGCUGCCUCCUGCCCCACGGUGCUGCCAUCUGGUCCCCAGGCCCUGGAGGGGACCGAACCCUUUGUGGGUAUGAGCCAGCUGCAGCAGUCCCAAGCCCUCUGUGCGGACACGGAGCAGGGAGCCUUGGCAGGGUACGGGGGGUGGAAUUGUUUCACUGAGCAUUACAAACUGCAUCGCCAGCCUGUGGGAUGCUUGCCAGCCAGAAGCAUUACUGGGAGGAGCGGCGGCCUGAAACCCCGCAGCAACACGCACCCAGAGCAAGGAAGGGCAGCCCCAGCCAGCACCACGCCUUCCAGUUAGCACCAAGACCCUGCAGCAUUCACAUCCAGGACCCCGAGGCAGGAGCUGGCACGCUGCAGGUAGGUGAGCUGCAGGUGUGCUGUCCUGCCUUCGAUGGACACGCAGGGCUGGGGCAUCAGCCUGAGGCUGGUUUCACACAGCUCGUCAAGUCACCUCCUGUUACACAAGCCUCUCCGGCUCCCUGACUGAUGCUUUCUUUCCCCUUGUAUAACCAAGCUUCUGUUUAACAGCUGCUUCCCUUUGGCAAGUGAUUUGUCAGGUCUAAAAUAACUUAUUUUUUUUUUAAGGAAAAGUUCUUUUAGUGAUUUUUGAUGACUGUUGGAGCCGCAUUCAUUCUGCGGCUGCAGGAUGCAUUAUCAGUGGAAUGGGCCUAACUGUGUACCUUAAGUGCACACAAACUUGUAAAUAGGAUGUCUUAAUUUUCCCCAACUGUUUUUUUUUUUUGUUUUUUUUUGUUUUUUU